CCCAGUUAUGAAGCAAGGUAUUUCUAAAAGUAACUCCUGAAUAAACGUAGGCAUUGGCCAGUAUGAAGAUGGGGCUCCAAUGUCUUGGAAUUAUGGUAGCUUCAAUCCUAGUUCGAACUUCUACUCCAAGGGAGCGCUUGUGCAAGAGGAGUUAAGGAUGAACGAUCUUGCGAAGACACAAGAGUUUUUGAUAUCCCCAGUACAGAAGGAAUUAAGAUAUUCAGAUGAUGAGUUUACAAGAGCGCUUAAGAUUGCUAAUGAAAAAGAAAGAAUCCGAUCACGAGAGCGCUUCGAAGACCCCGUUAAAAUUAGCAAAGAUGGUCUCCAGAGUGCUUCAAGAGUGAUUGAAGUUCUCCAGAAAGUAAAAAGUCCCAAAGAAAUAAAAAUCCCCAAAGAAACAGAGGACAUAAUUGACAAAGUUAUUCGUAAAUAAGAUGAAAAAUCUAGAUCAGCUAUGGAAUAAAGAAAAUAUAAAUGAUUUUAAUAAAAUUCCUGAGAUAAAAUACCAAACACCUACAGAGCAUGACUCCACUCCUGCCCAGAAUGCGAUGGACAGGGCAUUCAGAGAGAUAAAGAAUAAUAGAAUGAGCUAUGAGGAAUGGUGUAUCAAGAAAGACACUGAGAAUAAACUCAAAAAUAAACUUAUUAAGGAGACAAGGAAAGAACUACAUAAUGAGCUCACCCGCACACUUGAGCAAGCUCUAGUCCAGAAACGUAAAGGAGACCUUGUAGUCACUGAUUGGAUUAAGACUAAGAAGAAAGAGAAGAAGAGAUCUAGGAGUCAGCGUAAGAAGCAGAACGAGCAUCGCAAAAGUAUGGAGAAAAUCAAAGCUUACAAUAAUGACAAGGUAUUCUCAGAAUGGCUAAAGAACAGCCUCAAGACACUUAAAAGAGAGAAAAGCAAGAAGAGACUUGAGUCGAAGGAGAGACGCAACACAAAGGACAAGGAAAGAAGCAAGAUGAGGAAACAACUUGAAUGCGAGCAGGCAUUCAAGAGUUGGCUCACUCGAAAGAAGAAGGAAACUAAAUCACAUAAGAAGAGCAGAAGUAUCUCCAGGCAAUGAAGCAAGGAGAGAAUCAGUAAGAAUUUCAAUGAUAAGUAUACACCUUCGAGUGUAUUUAAAACAGCCCAUAACUCAGAUUCUGAGAGAACAGGGGCUCUUUCGAAUAGUAAGAAAUUUCUAAGGAAGGAAUCUCCAAGGAUGGAGAGAUUUAGAACUAGUAGAUCUAACUCAUCUAAAAAGAAGGUUCCGCCUAGUAAAAAAUCUAACUCAAAGAGUAAAAGUCGUAAGAGGAGGAAUAUCUCAAAGAGCUCAUCUUCUAAAAGGAUAGGAUUUGAGAAUUAUGCAGGAAAUAAGUCCCCCACUCCUGACUCUUUGAAAGCCGAAUAUUUAUUCAACAAGUACGAUAGGCUAAUGAAGGAUAAGCCAAAGAAGAACAAGAAGAAAACUUCAUUGACAAGACGGAAUGAAGAAACUAGGAAAAGCUCUGAUUGGAGAAGACUAGGUGAAAGUAGCAACCCUAAACCACCAUUGCCACACACAUCAAAUCCUUUACAGAAAAUUGAUUAAUUUCAUCCUAUUUAACAAAUUAA